AUGUUGAAAUCUAUGGUGAGGAGGAAUGUUGCAGCAUUGGGGUUUCUUUUUAGGCUGUUGGGUUGGGAGGACAUAACUAAAUUGUUUGUGGUUCAGUUGGUGGUGAAGGGGAUUUGCAGGGAUAAGGGGAGUUCGGAUAAUAGGAGGCCGGUGGUUUUUGAUAUGCUGGUCAAGUUGGUGGAGGUUUUGGGUGUGACAUAUGAGAGUCAAAUAGUGAAUAAAAAUAUAAUGUAUGAUGAUCACAACUGGUGGCAGGGCAAGCUGGAAAAUGCCAAAAAUGGUACUGCUGGUCUCAUCACUUCUCCUGAGCUUCAGGAAUGGCGAGUUGCCUGCAUUGCUAUGGAGAAAACAAAGCAGGAACAACAAGCUAGUUAUACUUAUUAUACUUGGUUUGGGAAGAAGAAAAAGCAGUAUAAAGACAAAUAUUUGGCAAAGCACAAUGCAGUAUUUGAUCAAUUAGAUCUCGUCACUUAUGAAGAAGUUGUGAGAUUGCAAGCUUUCAAAAGGAAAACACUAGUCCUUUUAGGUGCACAUGGUGUUGGCAGGCGACAUAUAAAGAAUACCCUAAUUACCAAACAUCCUGAUAGCUUUGCAUACCCCAUCCCACACACAACCAGACCUCCAAAGAAAGAUGAAGAAAAUGGAAAAAAUUACUUCUUUGUAUCUCAUGACCAAAUGAUGCAAGAUAUCUCUAACAAUGAAUAUCUGGAAUAUGGCAGCCAUGAGGAUGGAACAAAACUGGAAACAAUACGAAAGAUACAUGAACAGGGACUUAUUGCAAUACUUGAUGUAGAACCUCAGGCUCUGAAGGUCCUUAGAACUGCAGAAUUUGCUCCUUUUGUUGUGUUUAUUGCUGCACCUACAAUUACCCCUAGCAUCAACGAGGAUGAGUCCCUUCAACGCUUGCAGAAGGAAUCGGAAAUUCUUCAGAGAACAUAUGCACACUACUUUGAUCUAACUAUUAUAAACAACGAGAUUGAUGAAACGAUUAGGCAUCUGGAGGAAGCCAUUGAGCUUGUAUGCACAGCACCGCAAUGGGUUCCAGUGUCCUGGGUCUAUUAGACCAUUUUCAAGAUAACUGUCAAUGUUUUACUACGUUAAAACACCUUGUGCAGUACUUGGAGAAACCUCUAUUGUUGACAUUGUCAACUUUUCCUGGCCCCUAAAGACUACCUAUAUGUAGUGUGACCUAAAUUUAUAAUUAUUGUCAUGUCCUUAUAGAUGGGAAGGAAAACAGAGCAAAUUUUUAUGUUUAUUUAAAGAGACAGUAUCUUUUCUUAUACUUUUUCCUCCUAUAUUGCAUUAUAAAGUACCUUUUUUAAAACAUAUACAUUAUUUAGUCCUUUUGGAAUGUUAUAUUUUUGGAAAUUGUAUCUUUUUUGUUUCAAAGGCCUCUUAAAACUGCACAAAUGAUAUGCUGCUUUCUAUAAUCUAUUUUAAUAAUGGGGUAAUUGAAUUACUAAUAUACUAGGGUUACAACAUUACAUUCUUUUUAGCAUCUUAGUUCAAUAAUUUGAUUUAUAACACUAAUUUAUUUAAACAAUUUAUCAUAUGUCUGUUGAUAGAGGGAAUUCCACAUGUUCUAACGGCCUUGUUCACUUUAGAAGACUUACUUUAUAAAGUUAAUGUUUACUGCAUACAUUUUUGAUACUGUCUCUUUGAAGAAAUCUGUAAACAAUAUAGAGAUUUUAAAUUGGGUCUUAAUGCAUGUGGGCAGUCGCAAGCGUUUAUACUAUUGGUGUAUCUGUGUUGAACAAAACUGUAACCUACUUACAGAAACAUACAUUCCGUUCAUGGGAAACUGUACCUGAGGGAAUUAAAUACAAAUAUUGUAACCAAGUUGUAAACCUAUGCACAUCCCUUGCAUUUUGGGCAACUUUAUAAAGAAAAAAAGAAACCAA